AUGUCAUCACCACAGGAGGAGCCUGGCACCACACCGGGCGCGGCCACGCUGCCACAAAAGUUAACGAACUGGGGCACGUCCUGUAUGCCGCCCGCGAUCCAUGCCAUCCUCAUUGCCGCCCUUCACGGCAAGCCAGUUCAACCACUACCCCUUCUGAUAGCGCCAGCUCUGCUUUUCAGCUCUUACGUCUCUCUAGCCGGCUUCCCCACCGACGCUGCUGGCCUCACCUGCGCGUGGUCCGGCAUUUAUACCCUCCUAGCGCUACGGCGGCGGCAGCCCAUUCGCAGCAAAUUCUCGGCCCGCGGUGUUGUGCGAGCUGGCGCUCUGUCGCUUGGUCUUGCAAAUUGUGUCGCUGGUGGGUUCGCCUACGCAGGAGGCAACCGCAAGAUCGACGAGAUCGCGCGGAAGGAGCGCAAUCGCUGGGCCGAGUAA